CGACCAUGGAAACCAAUUAAAAUUCUUUUAUCCAUUUCUAUUCUUUCAUAAGGCCAGGGCCUAAAUUUCUCUAUCUAUCUUCCUCUUGUUUCGCUAAUUAUUUGGAGGAACGUGUUACUUCUUUUCCAAGUUGUUCUGCAAGGCUUCAUUAACACCAUCUUUCAGCGAUUUCAAUUCGCUCUCACCUUCCUCAAAAUUAACAUCUUUCUUUUCAAGAUUUAUGUUCCGUCAUUGAUUUGCAUGUAUGGCGUCUUCUUCCUCGCCUCCCCAACAAAAUGAGGAACACCACGCUUUCUCUGCGGCAUCUUCUUCCUUGUCUCCCCAACAAGAUUCUUUCUUUAGGGCUUCUUCUUCCUGGUCCCAUAAACAAGGUGAGGAUCGUCCAGCUUUCUCUGUAAUUGAAAAUCCCAUCAAGAGGAGGAGGGUUUCUGAAUCUUCAAGAUUAUAUGAUGUCUUCAUCAACCACAGAGGCCCUGAUGUGAAAGAAACAUUGGCUCUAGAGCUUUACAACCUCCUUCAGAAUUUAGAAAUACGGGCGUUUCUUGAUUCGGAAGAGAAAGUACUUGGAGAUUCGUUUCCAUCCACCAUUGAGACAGCCAUCCACUCUGCAGCAGUUCACAUAGCUAUCUUCUCCAAAGGAUAUGCAGAGUCCCCAUGGUGUUUGACAGAGCUGGUUCUCAUGCAGCAAAGUAAAGCAAAGAUUAUUCCUGUUUUCUAUGGCGUCUCGCCUUCCGCACUACGCCACAUAGAAAAGGGAGUGUAUGCCAAAGCUUUCACGGAAUAUGAGAAAAAGAAGAGGUACAUAGAAAAACUGGAGGAAUGGAGGAAAGCUCUCCAAUCUAUUUCGUUUAUUGCUGGAGAAGAGUUCAAAGGUUACAGUGAAAAUGAGAAGAUAGUGUCAACAGUGCAAAAGGAAGUAGAAAGGAUGAGAUGUUUACAUGUUGCCAAAUAUCCAGUUGGACUUCCUAAGCUUGUAGAAGAUUUUGAAAAGCAGUGUAUUGACAAGCUUGUACAAGAUUUUGAAAGUCAGUGUGGCGUGAACAAACAAGGAGAAGGGAAGUCCAAGAUAGUUGGCAUUUUUGGUAUGGGUGGGGUGGGAAAAACAACUCUCACCAAAGAAUUGUUCAACCGAAAGCGUUCAUAUUAUAGUCGCUCCUGCUAUUUGUUUGAUGUUCGGGAAGCCUCUGUGAAAAAAGAUCUGCCUUCUUUGCAAAUGAAGCUCCUCAGAAAUCUUUUUGAUGAAAAUCAUCAUCCAAGCUUUCCAAGCGUAGAGGAUGGCACAAGUUGUCUCAGCAAUCGUUUUGCAAGGAGUCGCAAUCGGAGCUUCCUUAUUGUUCUGGAUGAUAUUGAUCACCAGGAACAGUUAGAUGCGCUACUGAUCAGCGAUGAGUUGAAUAAAUUAGGCAAUAGUCUAGUAAUUGUUACAACUCGUGAUAUAGGAGUGCUCAUAAACGCUGGAAUUACAGUUGGUUAUAAUUUGAAAGGAAUGGAUACAGAUGAUGCGAAAGAGUUGUUUUGUUGGCAUGCUUUUAGCCGACCUUAUCCGUCCAGUGGUUACGAGGAGCUGGUUCAACACUUCAUAAACAUCUGUGGCGGCUUACCGUUGUCUCUUCAAGUUCUGGGCAGGCAUGUUCAUGGCGAGGAUCAGAAGUUUUGGGAGUUAGAAUUGAAAAAGGUUAAAAAGACGCUGCCUCAUGACAUACAGAAGAGAUUAAGAAUAAGCAUUGACACGUUGGACAAUGAAGAAAAACAAAUUUUCAUGGAUGUUGCAUGCUUUUUCAUAGGAGAAUUAACUAAAGAUGCCAUCAGAGUGUGGAAUGGAUCAGGAUGGAGCGCUCAACAUGCACUGCGAAGACUCAAAAAUAAAUGUUUGGUUGAAGAAGUAAAAGGUUAUAAAUUCUGGGGACAAUUAGAGGAUCCCUUCAAAGAUUCCAGAGAAGAAAUGUUCGUAUUGAGAAUGCAUGACCAUUUGCGGGACUUGGGACGAGAAAUGGCAGAUGAGCUGAGCUACCCUCGUCGCUUGUGGCGUUCUCAACAUCUUCAAUCUUUGGAAUCAAAGGGAUGCGAAAACAUUCUUACCCAACACAAUGUUAGGUGUUUUGCCACGAGUGGACUUAUUAAGUAUUUUCUAGGGGUUUCAGAUAAUAUGGUUGAGAGGUCAACGGCUUUACUAUGGCUCGAGGUGAGGCUCUGGGGGAAUACGCUCACAAAAAUUCCUCCUUGGAUUCCUCUUCAAAACUUGCAAUGUUUAAGCAUCUUUGGUGGAAGUCUGGAAAGAUUAUGGCAGAGUGAUGUCCAGGCGCCGUUCCAACUAAAAGAGCUGCGGAUAUACAGAGAGAUGGAGCUGAAGGAGUUGAGUUUGGAGUUUCUGCGCUGCCUGGAAGUAAUUACAAUUCAUGAAUGUUGGAAUUUAAGAAGGGUUACAGGAAUAUCUUAUCUUCCGAAAUUAGUAGAAUUGAACAUCAGUAGCUGUGCGUUGCUAGAGGGGUUAAGUUUUUCAAUACCCUGCAGCCUCGAAAAAGUUAAAAUUUUUAAAUUUCGGCAUCUGGUAAGUUUCGAAGGAAUGAAUCUUUCGAAGCUAGUAGAAUUGAGCAUUAGUGAAUGCGAGAAUCUAAGGGAGUUAAGUUUUGAUAGACCUAGCUGUCUUGAAAGAAUUAGAAUUUAUAAAUGUUGGCAUCUGAUAAGUUUUCAAGGAAUGUCUAAUCUUACGAAGCUAGUAGAAUUGAACAUUGUUCUAUGUGAGCUUGUGGAGGUAAAUUUUGCUCAACUCAAUUGUCUAGAAAAAAUUAAAAUCUAUAAUUGUAAUCAUCUGAAAAGUGUGACAGGAUUAUCUGAUCUUUCGAAGCUAGUGGAAUUUAACAUUGGCAGCUGUCGAAAGGUUGAGGAGUUAAGUCUUGUUCGACUCAGCUGUCUAAAAUCCUGUUCAAUAUCUCACCUUUUCAUGCUGAAGAGGUUUGAAGUGAAAGGUUGCAAAAAUUUGGUGAGUGUAGAUGGAAUAUUUUGGGACCUUGUAAAAUUGAACAUUAACGACUGUCCGAAGCUGGAGAAAAUACCAGAUAUAGUAAAAUUGCAUUCAUUGGAAAGGAUGCAGCUCUUAUAUGGCAGCAGCCAAACAAUUCGGAAUUGUAUUCUCAACAUGGAGAAGCUGCCAUCAAACUUUAUUAAAGUAAUUGAUAGAGCAGUGGGUGGAGCGGAGUCAACUUUCAACGGAAAUAUCUUCUCCGAAUUUGUUAAUGCCAAUUCAGUCAUCCAAAUUGGUAUCGAUAACACUUGCAAUCAUCUGAGUAGAUAUAUGGUGAGCGCAAUCAUCUUAUGCGCCAUCGUUGUGGUUAAUACAUCUGCGGCAGCACAUAUGAUCAAUGAUCUCAUUCGUGAAUGCGAUAUUAAUCCAUGGCUGCAAUUUGAGGUGCGCCAAGGUGAAUGGGUAAUUACCUCAGUAACAACCAAGGAAGAUGAAAUAGACAGUUACUUUGCUAACAAGGGUAAUUGUUUUCCCUUUGAUUAUCUAUGUUUCCCCGAAAAUGUAAUGGUCAAAAGGGUAACGAUGCCUGUGAUGAUAGGUGAAGAACAUAAAAUUGUGAAACUUCUAGGCAUCAUUUUUGAUAAGCUUUACCAGAAAUAGAGCACAAUUUAGACUUCU